CUAAAUUUGAGCCCAACUAUCGAAGAGGUUUUCGCCCAGGCAAGAAGUCUUUGCGUUUUGACAAUUUGAACAAAGUCGACCCAAUAGGCAAUAGCACCAUAGCAGAGACGACUUAGAUCAACACUCACGAAGAAGAGACUCUUCCCAACAAUGGAAGCUCUGGCGAUGCGCCUUCGAUCGGCCAUUGUUCUUUUCUUCUUUGCUUCACUAUAUUUAUUAGUUGGUUCAUCGUCUCCGGAGCUUCAUAUCAUCAACGCCGAACGUAGAGUAGACCUGAAUUCUCACAUUGUCCGAACUUACUUGACAUUGAAGGUUGAAAAUGCUGGAGAAUCUCCAGCUUCAGAAAUCCUUCUGUGUUUCUCACCAGAACAAGCUGAUCAUCUAGCAGUGCUUAAAGCAGCUUCUGUUUCUGGUAAGAAGAAAAAGACCUCUUAUCUGCCUCUUGAAGUGAAGCUAGCUAACCGUCCUGAUGGGCCAAAUGGAGCUAAAUACUAUUCUAUAUCUUUGCUCAAGUCAUUGAGCAAAGGUGAAUCUGUGUCUAUUGAAGUACUCUAUGUACUCACACAUUCACUUGUACCUUUCCCAGCGGAAAUAAGCCAGUCUGAGUCUCAGCUAGUGUAUUAUCAUGACAGUGCUAUAAUACUAUCACCAUAUGUUAUUAAACAGCAAGUUACUUUUAUAAAGACACCAAGUACUAAGAUUGAGUCCUUCACAAGUAUGGAACCAACUGAUCAUGCUGGGACACAAAUAAAGUAUGGUCCAUAUGAGGAGCGCUCUCCAUAUUCGUACUUUCCCAUAAUUGUUCAUUUUGAAAAUAACAAUGCAUUUGCUGUUGUGGAGGAGCUUGUACGUGAAAUUGAAAUUUCUCACUGGGGCAGUAUCCAGAUUACAGAGCAUUAUACUCUAAUGCAUGCCGGUGCUCGGCAUAAAGGUGUUUUCUCAAGGGUUGACUACCAGUCUCGACCAUCUCAGAGUGGCGCCUCUUCAUUCAAGAACCUCCUUGCUGAACUACCUCCUAGAGUUCAUUCAGUGUAUUACAGAGAUAAUAUAGGGAACAUUUCUUCCUCUCGUUUGCGUACCAAUGCAAAGAAGUCGGAACUUUUGAUUGAGCCACGAUACCCUCUGUUCGGAGGGUGGAAAGCCACCUUUGUCCUUGGGUAUGGAGUUCCAUUGAAUGACUUUCUUUAUGAAUCUGCUAAUGGUGAUCGUUACCUAAAUUAUAGUUUCGGGUGCCCUCUAGCAGAGACUGUUGUUGACAAGUUGACCAUCAAGGUGGUCCUUCCAGAAGGUUCGAAGAACCCAUCUGCUGUGGUACCUUUUCCUGUCAAACAGAGUUUAGAGAAAAAGUACUCAUACCUAGAUAUUGCUGGGAGGACUGUUGUGGUCCUUGAAAAGAAUAAUGUAGUUCCUGAGCACAACACUCCAUUCCAGGUCUAUUACCAGUUCAGCCCAGUUUUCAUGCUUGCAGAGCCAAUGAUGUUGACUGGCGUCUUUCUCCUUUUCUUCCUCACUUUUGUCACUUGCCAGCAAAUGGAUCUCUCUAUCCGCAAAUCCAAACAAGCAUGACUCACAUACCUUUUUCACUAGCACAGUGAAGAUUUUACUAUAUUCAGCUUGAAAUUUUACAAAUAUCUUGGCAGGAAGGCGUUUAGUAGUUGAUGAUGAAGUUUUGGUCUCCGUUUCUUUUUUUGGGAGAGAAGUUCCCUAUUCUUCACUGGGACUUGACGCUAAUAUUUACUUUAGCAUGCUUGUUGGUAUUAUGUAUCCUGCAGCAUUAGAUAACAAAAGACACCAAAACUCUCACGAUUCAUAGUGUAUUAUGAAACAACUCACUUUUGUCGUGUAUGUUGCUGAUUUAUAGUGCCCAAACUUUCUAUGCAAAGGAAUGUAUCAGAUUUUUAUGAGGAUUUGAAUAUCGCUCAAUUAAAAUUAUAAUAGAAUAAAUAAUCCAAGUUUGAGCAUGUUUGCUA